CUUAACCAUCCUCAGCGCCCCCCCCCCCCUUCCUCUUUCCAGAUUUACUUCUUGAAAAAUCACAAUGGGUUCCGAAUCCGAUGCCCAAUCUAAGCUACCUAUCAUAGAAUUCAACGAGGAAAACUUGACUCCCGGUACAACUUCUUGGCUAUCAACUUCUGACCUGGUUCGUCAAGCCCUUGAAUCCUAUGGGUGUUUCCUAGUAAAAUACAAAAAACUUUCUCAGGAGUUGCAUGACAAAAUGUUCGAACUUUCAAAACAGUUAUUUCAACUCCCAACUGAAAUCAAAGUACAAAACACUUCUAAUAUUCUUGGCUUCGGCUAUGGUACAAACUUUUCUUUCAUGCCCCUGGUUGAGUACUUCGGUAUCGAAAAUGGGGCAACUCUUAAAGCGACCGAAGAAUUCACCAACCUCAUGUGGCCAGCCGGAAACUCAAGUUUUUGUGAAACUGCUUUUUCAUACUCGAAGCUGCUAUCGGAAUUGGAUCAUGGUGUAAUGAGAAUGGUUUUUGGAAGUUAUGGUGUGGAGAAGUACUUGGACCCUCUGAUCAAAUCUUCUUUCUACCUCAUGAGGUUCUUAAAGUACCGAGCACCCAAGACUGAUGAGAUCAAUAUUGGUCUUCAUCCUCAUGUGGACAAAGGCUUCUUGGCCAUCCUUGAUACUAAUCAAGUGACUGGACUAGAAAUACAACUGAAACAUGGUGAAUGGAUCACUUAUGAGCCAUCAACUUCACUGUCAACCUUCCUGGUCAUAGCGGGAGAGCCUUUUCAGGCAUGGAGCAAUGGAAGAGUGCAUGCUCCACUACAUAAAGUAGUCAUAAGAGGAACUGAAGAGAAAUACACCAUUGGACUGUUCUCCUUCAUGCGUGAGAAGGUGAAAAUUCCGGAAGAAUUAAUUGACGAGAAGAACCCGCUACAGUUCAAGGACUUCAAUCACUUGGACUUUCUUGAAUUUCUACGAGGAGGGAAAUAUAAAAUGGAACGUCCAAUCGUGGCCUUCUGUGGUGUUUGAUCUAUCAUCAUGUACUACCUUAGUUUUUUCAAUCAGGGACAUAGCAGCCAAGAAUUCCUGAUAAUCCUUUUCUACAAAGUACUACUCCUUAAUUAUGUUGUGAUUUGUGAUUUUGAAGCUCUUUGGUGGGAACUUGUCACAUAUGUUUAUCGUUUUGUAUGAAAGACUGUGCAGUAUAUGAAAUGCAAUAUGUCAAGCUUGCUAGUGCUA